GUGGAGACACAGACGCACUGACGGACGGCGCCACUGAGGAAGCAGGAGCUCACUGAAGAUUUUAGGACACUGCUUUUGUGUGUGUGUGUGUGUGUGUUAGUUAGUGAUGGCACUCCAGCUUCCACUCCCGGUGUGUGUGUUCAUGUUGUUGUGGUCAUGUGUGUUUGGCUUUAACCUGGAGACCACCGAUACGCUGAGCAAAGAGGGAGAACGCGGCAGCUUCUUCGGCUUCUCACUUGCCCUCCACACACAGACCUCCCCCCGUUACCAGAGCUGGAUCCUAGUGGGGGCGCCACGAGCUCGAGGUCUUGGUCACAUGCGUCACACUCACACAGGUGCACUGUAUCGCUGUCCAAUCACAGCCGAAGAGUUUGACUGUGAGCGAGUCAACAUUGAUGGAGACGUGAAUUUGGACAGAGAGAGUAAAGACAAUCAGUGGCUCGGUGUGACAGUGAAGAGUCAAGGCAUUGGAGGAAAAGUUGUGACGUGUGCUCACCUUUACGAACUCCGGCAGCGUGUUAAUCAGGCGUCUGAAACUCGCGAUCCGAUUGGCCGAUGCUAUGUGCUGAGCGAAGAUCUGAGUGAGAGAGAUGAUCUGGAUGGAGGAGAAUGGAAGUUCUGUGAAGGUCGUCCUCAAGGUCACGAGCAAUUUGGUUUCUGUCAGCAGGGACUAUCAGCAAGCUUCACCCCCGAUAAUAACUACAUCCUCUUCGGAGCACCAGGAACCUACAAUUGGAAAGGUGAGAUGCAUGUUCAGCUGCUCAAUCAGACGGUGUUGGAUUUGGGUUACUAUGACGAUGGGCCAUAUGAAGUGGCGGAUGAGAAACAGUUAAAUGCUGCGUUAAUUCCUCUUCCGUAUCACAGCUACCUGGGUUUUUCAGUGGACUCGGCUAAAGGGGUGAUGCAACACUCAGAACUAACGUUCGUAGCUGGCGCACCUCGUGCUAAUCACACUGGAGCCGUAGUGCUGCUGAAGAAGGACAGCGCGUACCGCCUGGUCCCUGAGUUCAUCCUGUGGGGGGAGGAGCUAGCGUCCUCAUUUGGAUACUCCAUCUCUACCACAGACCUUAACCGGGACGGGUGGACGGAUUUAAUCGUGGGAGCGCCGAACUUCUUUGACCGUAAGGCAGAGAUUGGGGGGGCAGUGUACGUGUUCCUGAACCCCGCCGGUCACUGGGAGGAGGCGCGGCCCAUCCGCCUCAAUGGAACCUACAACUCCAUGUUCGGCAUGACGGUGAGCGCCAUGGGAGACCUUGACCAAGAUGGAUACGCAGAUUUUGCAGUUGGCGCUCCGUUUGAUGGACAGGGUAAAGUUUUUAUUUUCAGAGGUUCAGCUGAAGGUCUCAACACUAAACCAUCUCAGGUUCUGGAUGGAUUAAAUGUAGGCGUGUCUUGUUUUGGCUACUCCAUAUCUGGGGGUUUGGAUAUCGAUGGGAAUUUGUACCCUGACCUGGCGGUCGGAUCCCUCAGUGAUCAGGUGGUUCUGUUCAGGUCACGGCCAGUGAUCCAUGUGAUCAGGGACAUUUCAGUGGAGCCACAGUACAUCGACCUGGAGAAGCACAACUGUAAGGGCCGAGAUGGAGUGUGUGUGGAAGUGCAGGCCUGCUACAAAUACACAGCUCAUCCCAAGUCUUACUCACCUUACAUCACUCUCGCAGUUCAUUUUGAGGCGGACACUGAGCGCAGGAAGUCGGGGCUGCAGCACAGAGUUCGCUUCCUGAGUCAAAGGUCAUCUGAGCCUGAAUACAUUCAUUCAGAAGAUCUGGAGCUGAGAGGCCAAACUCACCCAGCCUGCCAGACCACCACCUUCAUCCUGCAGAAGAACAUCAGAGAUAAACUGCGUCCCAUCCCACUCGCUAUCACACACACCAUAAAGAGGACACGACAUGAUGGUGAUCACACACACCAUCGUCUGGGCCGUCUCACCCCCGUCCUGAGUCUUACCCGCCCUAACACAUUCCACUCUGAGGUGAACUUCAUCAGAAAGGGUUGCGGUUAUGACAACAUCUGCCAAAGUAACCUGAAACUGAGCUACAGAUUUGGAGCACGAUCCUCAGUUUCAGAUCUCUUCACUGCUUUACCAAUAGGGGAGGAUGGUGUUCCUGUGCUUUCUCUUUCUGAUCAGAAGUCAGUGGUUUUGGAGGUGACAGUACUGAACAUGCCUUCUGACCCCGCCCACCCUGAAGUGGAUGGAGACGAUGCCCACGCUGCUCAGCUCACAGUCACACUGCCACACACACUCACCUACUCCGGGGUCAGGGGUCAGGUGGUGUGUGAGGUGAAUCAGAAUGGCUCCCAGGCAGAGUGUGAGCUCGGAAACCCACUAAAGAGAGAUGCUGUGUUGACGUUCUACAUUAUUUUGAGCACAUCAAGAAUCACCAUGGAAACGACAUCUUUGUCAGUUGAUCUGCAGAUGUCCACGAUCAGUGAGCAGCUCCACCUGUCUCCUGUUACAGCUCUUGCUCGAGUAGUGAUUGACCUUCCUCUCACUGUCAGCGGAGUGGCUCGUCCUCAUCAGCUGUUCUUUAGUGGGUCAGUUCGAGGUGAGAGUGCAAUGGAGACACUGGAGCAAACAGGAAGUGAAUUGGAAGUCGAGUUUACUGUGUCUAACAGUGGUCAGUCUAUGCAGAUACUCGGUUCCACGUUUCUCAACAUCAUGUGGCCUCACGAGCUGGCGAAUAAAAAAUGGCUGCUUUACCCAACAAGUUUACUCUCGGACCAUCCACACACACACUGCACACACCGCUCGGCCCUCAACACACUUGGCCUCAAACACACACUUCAUACACACCACACACACAUACAGCAGCUCCAGGUGAGGAAGACUCGCUCAUAUUCUGAGGAUGAAGGACAAGCGCCGGUGAAGAACAGCGUCAACGAAAACACACCAGCUGUCGCCGCUAACGAGAGACGUAAAUCCCUCAAACUGGACUGUGUGUUAGGCUCAGCAAGGUGUGAGGUAUUUCAGUGUGCGCUGCAGAAUUUCUCUGGUUCUAUGAAGUUCACAGUCAAUGCUCGUCUCUGGAACAGCACGUUUAUAGAGGAGUUCUCGACAGUCAGUGUGUUGGAGGUGUUGGUCCGAGCAAACAUCUCAGUGAAGUCUAGCAUAAAACAUCUGAUGCUGAGAGAUGCUGCUGCACAGGUAUCAGUGAUGGUGUAUCCUGAACUGAGUGUGUUGGAUCAGUCAUGGAUUCCAUGGUGGAUUAUCCUGAUUGCUAUAUUAGCUGGAGUGAUUGUGCUCACUGUGAUCGUAUGCAUCCUGUGGAAGUUCGGUUUUUUCCAGAGGUCUCUGUAUAAAGACAGCGUUCCUCAAUAUCAUGCAGUGAGAAUCCGGCAUCAUGAACGUUCUCACCUGCACCCUGACCCCCAGCCUGAGAAACUCCUCAAACCUGAAAAAUCUCCUACAUCACACAUCAAACAGUGGAGGACAUGGUGGAGCGAUGGCAGACACUGACGCGUGCACACAGGUUUAUUUCAGCAUGUGUGAAUAAUCAGUUAAACAUUAUUAAACUCAACACCAUUCUGAUGGAGACUUCAUAAUUCCAGAAUUCCCCUGUAUUCUAAUUAGGAGGCUGCUGACAUAAGGAAUAGGAUGUUUCUUUAUGCUCUUUAUGGACUAUGGACAUUUCUUUAUGGACUAUGGGUACAUCUUUGGGCCCAUGUUUGGAAGUCACGGUAAUGAGUAUGUAGGGAAUGUGGGCAUGUCUUUUUGAGUGUGUAUAGAAAUGAGAGUAUUGAAGAAAAGACUUUUAUUUCUCACAUAUAAAUUAUAGCACAGUGAAAUUCUUUUCUUUACAGUUUGUUAGGAAGUUGGGGUUUGAGAUCAGGGUCAGAGUCAGCCAUGCUACAGCACCCCCUGGAGCAGAGAGGGUAAAGGGCCCAACAGUGGCAGAUUGGUUAUGCUUUAAUUCAUGACCUUCUCAUUAGUAACCCAGUGUUGUUAGGCACCACUGCCCCUGCCCCAUUACUGAGAGGGUGUGUCAUUAAGACCAUAGAAAGGGUGGGUGUGUCUUGAAGUCAAUAUGUAGGUGUCAAGUAGGAAACAGUAGGAAACUAGGGAAGUCAUUAGCAUUCUAUUUGGGUGUAUAUGAAGUAUUUGGUUCCAAAAUGCUAUAUAUCCAAUUCCAUUGUUUUGAGAAAAAUCACUUUUUCUGAUUAUGGGUAGUGAUAAAAGGAGAACCACUGUAUCUUGUUUUAAAAUUUAUUGACUAACUCCUUAAUAAUAACAAACUUCAAAAAUGAAAUCCAGAACUAAUUAACAGCUUUUAACUGAACCAAAUAAUUAUUUUUUGUCAAGUUGCUACAUAUCCAUGCCACGGCAUUUUUCCCCCCAAAAUGCUACAUAUCCCUUUCUAUUUAAAGUGCAUUUAACCGUCUUCUUUCAUGACAGAUUAUUUUAUUUUAUAGAUUAUUUUAUUUUUUUAGAUAAUUUUAUCAAAAUUAUUCAUAAUUCAGCGUGAAAUUGUCCAAUAAAUGUGAGAAGUUACGAAGUGAUUUCCUACUUCAUGGGCGCAGCCAUCUUAGAAGACUCCACGUCAGUGGCGGCCUCUGAUUGACCAAAUGGAUAUGUCUGGUUUUGAGAAAAAUCGGUGAUGGCACCUGUUGUGUUUUGGAAUGAAAGGCCGUAAUGCAGUGUGUAAAUCAAUGGCAGAUAUCGUGUUUUGGCGAAAACUGAAUAUUGUACGCAUAAGAUAUGAUAAUUGCUGAUGGUUUGAUGGUGGGAGUUUCAGUUUUUCAAAUUUGGCGUUUAUCGCAUUUUGGAACCAAACUCUUCAUAUUUUUACAGAUUUUAGAAGGUUAGUGAACAUGAUGUGAUUGUUAGAAAAAGUCUCAAUUCAAUCAUGAAAUCACUUUUAUGUGCUGACAAGGGAAAGUUUAUGGGGGCGUGUCUUUAUAUUUAUACAUAAGGUGAACACACCCAUUAAUUCACAGACAAACCCGCCUUCUUUUUUUGACAAAUGUGAAAAAGCAUGUGAUCUUUGGGAAAAUGGUGAUCCUAUAAUUCUGUUAAAAUCCACAAUGAAAUGUCUCUGAGAUACAAAACUGAAAAAAAAAUUGUAAAAAAAAAAUAAUCUGUGAUCAAAUCAAAUGUUAGCUUGUGUCUGUUUUUACAUUCACCUGUUAGCAAUAAAUGUUGUACGUUCA